AUGUCUGACCAAAAUCACCUCCGAAAAGAAGAUCCUGAAACCCCUCCGAGCAUGCUCAGGGAGGGUAGGCUGAGCGAGCAUGCUCGAUCAAAGAGUUCCCUGGGAGGAGCACUUGUUGCCAAUCAAACAGAUAUGAUUGACAUCAAACUGAAGGCAAGUUCCUCUGAUUUUCAGACUUGGGGUGCUCAAAAUGACUCAUCAGGAGGCAGAAGUGCACAGGUUUUGAUUAGGAUACUGGCCAGGCAAUGCUUUUUGGACAGCCAAAAAACUACUUACUCACCGCUCAAAAACCGAGGCGAACUGAUGCCAAGCGUGGAGUGGAUGAUCAUGGCUCAUCUUUGGCGUCUGCAAAGUACCAAAAUGUUCGCCUCCACCUUUCCCAAAGGGUUUGGGAUGACCAACUGCCAGCUCUCCAAGCGGGUUUUCAUCAUGGUAGAAAGGGUCACAUCCAAAAUGCGAAUGAGAUUUCAAUGCUUGAUCAUGUGCAAUCUUGAAUUCCAAAGCGCCCCAAACGCAGCUGUCCCAACUCUGGAACAACUGAUCCUAAAGAUCAAUCGGUCUUUUGCAGGCCAAUUUUAUCAAAUGAAACCAGAGGACAUUGAUCGCAUAGCGCUAAUGCGCUUGAUUGCGGUUGAGUCACUCUGUAGCGCGACUCUGACUGCAACAUCAAUGGGACCUUUUUGGCCACUUGUUGAUUUGAAGGUCAAAUGGAUAAUCACCCACUUGAUUAAACACAAACAAAUUCAGUACCACAAGACCAUCAAGGAGAUAGACAGACAUCUAUUUGAUGGUGUGCGACCUUUUGGACAAGUUGUUGCAGAGGAGAUGGCGCUUAUCAAGGUUUUUAAGGGAAUGGGGGAAAGUCUUUAUUCCUACCGCCUCCCAAUGUCUGAGAGCAAGCUUGUUGAUCUUUGA